AUGCAUGAUAUUUGCAAUCAUGAUGCAUACUUUGUUCAAAAGUGUGAUGCUACUGGUACUUUGGGACUUCUUCCGGAGCAAAAGCUUACUGCUGUUAUACGAAUGUUGGCGUAUGGAGCAUCUGCUGAUCAGGUGGAUGAGGUUGCCCGGAUGGGGAAGUCAACUACGUUGGAGGCUUUGGUAAGAUUUUGUGAUGCGGUUGAAACUCUGUACACUAGAGACUACCUACGUAGACCUACGCCCAGGGACCUCCAACGGCUUCUACAAAAAGCCGAAGCUCGAGGAUUUCCAGGAAUGGUUGGCAGCAUCGACUGCAUGCACUGGCAAUGGAAGAAUUGCCCAACUGCCUGGCAAGGUGAUUACGGAAAUAGAAAAGGCCAAAAAAGUAUCAUCCUUGAAGCCGUUGCUGGCUUCAACACAUGGGUUUGGCAUGCCUUCUUUGGAGUUCCUGGAUCCCAAAAUGACCUCAACGUGCUGGGUCAAUCCCCUGUCUUCAACGAUGUUUUGAGAGGCCAAGGCCCCAAUAUCACCUAUGAAGUCAACAAUACAGUCUACCAGACGGGAUAUUAUCUAGCUGACGGCAUCUACCCGAGGUGGACCACAUUUGUCAAAUCCAUUCCGAAUCCCCGAUCCCAGAAGGAAAAAUUAUUUGCUACCUAUCAAGAAAAAUACAGGAAAGAUGUCGAAAGGUGUUUUGGCAUCCUUCAAGCUCGGUGGUUGAUUAUUCGAGGUGCAGCCCGUAUGUUUGAUGAGGAGGUCUUUUAUUGA